GCAAAUCAAGAAAACAUCUUCAUCAAUUUGACAGCAGGUGGUGCAACUGCUCACAACACAAACAAAUAAAGAAUUUUAUUUGCAGCGUGUUUCUUUGUUUGGUUGUGUUGUGAAUAUUUGCAGUGCGUUUCUUUAUUUGGUUGUGUUGUGAGCAUUUGCAGCGCGUGUGUUGUCAAAUUGAUGAAGUUGUUUUCUUACUUUGCAGGUGUUUUUUUUUUUUCUAUUUGCAGCGCGUUGAGCUCUCUCGGCCACCGUACUAUUAUAAUUUUGUAAUCCAUAAUUAUUGAUUAUAUUCUUUUUAAAAUUUUAAGAUAAAACUGCCUGUACUCUGAUUUUGCUGUAAAUGUUUAAGGAAAAUUGCUUUGUCAGACUGGGGGCAUUUUACCCCACCCAUGGGGGCGUUUUGCCCCAUAGGUGGGGUAAAACUCCCCCUUGGCACAAAUGUAAUUUUUGUUAAAACUCUAAUAACAUGAAAACUGUGGAAAUUUUUCAUACAUGGUUUAUAAUUUAUGUCAUUGUCACUAAAAUUAUGAUAACUUUUCUGAACACAUUUAACUUUUGUUUCACUGAAAAAAAAUGACACAAUCCUUAAGGGGGGGGCGUUUUCCCCCACUCUAACCUACAUAUGACCCAUUGCCCAAUCUAAAUACUAUCCUCCAAAAAAGACUUAAAAACAACUUAACAGUAAAAUAGCUUGGUAAAAAUUGUCGUAAUUUGUCAUGUAACUCGAAUCUCAUAUAAUUAUGAAUACUGAUUUAUUUGCCUUUUUUAAAAAUCAGACCCUACUUGAAAUAUAGAUACAAAUUGUCAUACUGCAGGACCAUUUAAAUGACCUUUCAUUUUAUUAAAAAUGUUAAUAAAAUUACAAAUUUAUGUAUAUCUUAACCUUAUGUCUUAAUGUUAAAAUGAUAUACAUGUUUUUCUUUCUGCCCAAAGAAAAAAUGCUUAUGAUGUAUGUUAAUAACAGAAGAAGGUCUAACCUCCAAACAUGAAAUUUCUGAUAUUACAUGCAACAUUGAUAUUACAUAUUGUUGGGAGUUAGAUUGUUGGCUUGUUGAUUUUGUUCUCAGUGCUUAUGUUUGAAGUAUAGUACAACAACAUUAUAGAUAAUAUAAUGAGUAUGCUUUAGGCUUUUACAGUAUCUUUCAUUUCAAGAGAAUUUUUUAGGGGUUACAAUCUCCUUAAGUGUGUUAUGGUCACCAAAUGGAUAAGCUGAAAGUGCUGUAGGGCCAUAUUACUUGAUAGGAAUGCUUUCCUGUCUAUUACUCUCUUGUGUUUCAUCUCCUGAAUACUAAAGGGUCCUCCAUUAUUGCUGUGGUAAACACGGACUCAAUUUUAAUGACUUUCCUUUCCAAACAAUAUGAUGGAUCUUUUAGAUCUCCAAUAAAUGCAGCUAAAAUGCAUAAACGUGCACCUGUUUUCCAGCAAUCACUUCCAGCAAGACCAAAAUGGGGCAGUUAUGCAAACUUGCACUGUUUGUUUUGGUUCUGAUGGCAGUGCUACACAAUUCAUCAGGAGGAAAGACAGGGGGUAAGAGCACCCCUUCCAAGAAGCCAUCCAAUAAGCCAUCACAGGGGACCAAGGCCCAAUCUAACUAUCCCAGGCAACCCUCUAAUCCUGGUGCAGGAAGUAACCCAGGCUACCCCAACCAGCAGCAUCCUGGUAGAGAGAGUGGCAGCUAUCCUUUGGCUGGUGGGAACCCCAAUCAGUAUGCGGGAAGAGGGGAAUCCAGUCCAGGAGGUUGUCCCAACCAAAAUCCUGGAGCAGGUAGCUAUCCCGCUGGCGGUAGCUAUCCUUCGGCUGGUGGGAAGCCCAAUCAGUAUCCGGGAAGAGGGGAAUCCAGUCCAGGAGGUUGUCCCAACCAAAAUCCUGGAGCAGGUAGCUAUCCCGCUGGCGGUAGCUAUCCUUCGGCUGAUGGGAAGCCCAAUCAGUAUCCGGGAAGAGGGGAAUCCAGUCCAGGAGGUUGUCCCAACCAAAAUCCUGGAGCAGGUAGCUAUCCCGCUGGCGGUAGCUAUCCUUCGGCUGGUGGGAAGCCCAAUCAGUAUCCGGGAAGAGGGGGAUCCAGCCCAGGAGGAUAUCCCAACCAAAAUACUGGAGCAUGUACCUAUCAAGCUGGUGGCAACCCCAAUCCGGGAAGAGGCGGUGUUAACCCAGGAGGAUAUCCCAACCAGAAUCCUUGGAUCCUCAGUCCACGCUAUGGAGGCUCCUUUGGAGGUGGGGGGUUUGGAACGGGUGGCUCCCCUUUCUCCAAUACAGUGAAAAGCAUGGGCUAUGGUCCCUCUGCUAAAUCCAAAGGCUUUGCAAAAAAGGCAAUGCUAGCUGCAGGCAUUGGGGCAGUGGCAGGAAUGGCUGUAGGCUAUGGAAUCAGAAACUUUCCAUGCCCCAACUUCCAAUUCAGGAACCCUCAGGAGGAACGUCAAUACAACCACUAUAUGUAUGCACAUCAAGGCACUCAUUCUAAAGACAGAAAUAACCAAGGAAGACCCAACCACACAUCAAAGGAACCAUCCCAGGCUCAGUCAUAUGAGCAAUACAUGAGCACAUGCAUGAGCCGAAAAGAUCUUCUAAAAGAGCAGGACACGAUAGUUUCCGCAGAUCGCAAGAACAUUCAAAGAGAUGAGCCACUGACUGACAUUGCAGCUGUGAAUGACACCACAUCCCCUAUGACUGUCAAUGAUUAUCCAAAGGCUGCUGCAAUUCGUGAGGAUGAUGAUGAUACAGUGAGUAUCAUGCAGAUUGGUUAUCCAGCUCUCAUUGAGCAGAUGAAAUCUAGGAAGUGUGUAGAGCUGUACUUGGUUAAUUCUGAGAGCUUCACGGAGAAGCAGAAAGAAGAUAACAAGGACAAAAAGGGAAGAACAAUUUCCAGACCUUCCAAUAACCACAAUGGACACUGUGUCUCUGGAGUGCUUCUGUUGCUCAAUACAUUCUUUUUGCUUCUUAGUGACACUUAGUAUAGUGCUGUCAACAUAUUAUAUAUAUAUACAGUGGGGCAAAAAAGUAUUUAGUCAGCCACCAAUUGUGCAAGUUCUCUCACUUAAAAAGAUAAGAGAGGCCUGUAAUUUUCAUCAUAGGUAUACCUCAACUAUGAGAGACAAAAUGAGAAAAAAAAAUCCAGAAAAUCACAUUGUAGGAUUUUUAAAGAAUUAAUUGGUAAAUUCCUCGGUAAAAUAAGUAUUUGAAAUGUGAAAUUCAAACAAUAAAUACUAUUUUGUGGCUCUUUAAUGUGUCGUGACAGAUCGCUGUAGCUCCUCAGUUCAAGCGGCAGGAGAAGCGAUCAUGUCUUACACUAUACUAGUUAUAGCUUGACAUAAACAUGAAUGAACAUCAAAAGGUGUCUUGUUUCAACCGCGGAAAGAUGUCAAUAUGCACAAUUUUUCAAGUUCAAGUCCACCAACGUUAAUCUACUCCCCUGUCUGCUUUGUUUGUCGGACAAAAAUGGCAGAUUCGGCAUUAUGAUUGGUCAAAUUGACUGUCAGUCAAACUCCCUGCGAAGGGUCAAUUGCCCUUCCUUUCCACUCUCUCAGUCUAGGAAUCCAAAGGUGAAGUUACAUUUUAAAAGUUGAUUAUAUUAUCUGUCUUGACUGAAAGUUUUGCUUAUCUGCUCAAAAUGUAACAAGUCUUUUUUCUCACUGGCUGUUUAAACGUACAGUAUAAAGCAAAUAUAAUGUAUACUGCCAUUUUCAUUUAAUGAAUGCAUUUUGUUAUAAAUUAUAACUGUUGUUAUUAUUAUUAUUAGUAGUAGUAGUAGUAUUUC